AAAGGCUACGAUGAUCUCCAGGCCAUUGUUCCCACCUGCGAGCAGCAGGAUUUCUCCAUAGGCUCCCAAAAGCUGAGCAAGGCCAUUGUUCUCCAGAAAACCAUUGACUACAUCCAGUUCCUGCACAAGGAAAAGAAGAAGCAAGAGGAGGAAGUUUCUACCCUCAGGAAAGACGUGAUGGCCUUGAAGAUCAUGAAAGCGAACUACGAGCAGAUUGUGAAAGCUCAUCAGGACAACCCGAACGAGGGGAAGAACCAGGUCUCCGAUGAGGUGAAAUUCAACGUGUUCCAAGGCAUUAUGGAUUCCCUGUUCCAGUCCUUCAAUGCCUCCAUCUCGGUGACAAGCUUCCAGGAGCUCUCGGCAUGUGUCUUCAGCUGGAUUGAGGAGCACUGCAAGCCCCAGACGCUGCAGGACAUCGUGAUCGGGGUCCUGCAC